UUCAGCCUCUUUUAGAAACUAAACGUAGGACACUGGGAAAAUACUAGCCAUCUAAGUGAUAUUUUAGUUACAUCUCAAAUAUUUUUCAAGGAAUCGAUUAUAUUUGUUUCCUUGCAAAAUUUUGAACUAAUUAUACAUUUAUAGGAGAAAAAUAUAAUCUUAUGUAAAAAUUAAGUUGAAAAUUUGCUUAAUAUUUGUGACCGUUAACAAAAAAAAUUAAAAAGUAAAAAUAAGUUUCCCUCAAGAGCAAACAUAUUUUAACCGCGUAAAUGUCAACAUUAGCUGAACUCUUGAAAUUUUCGUUUAGCGUUUGUGUAUCAAAGUAAUCAUGACAGACUAUAAUUUUAAACAAAGAUCAAGAUCACGAUCACCAAUUAGGUUUGAUUGUUAUGCAACUGAAAAGUUUUCUAGACAAGUACCUGGACUUAGAGGUAGGUUAGUUUAUACAGAUCAUACCAAUUACACUUAUAUUCAAAACCAAACUUCAACAAAUCGAAGACAAUUACGAUGUACACGAUUUGAGAGGGGCUGUAAAGCUACAGCAUCUAUGAUGUUACACCCAGAAAAUUGCCCAAUAAUUUUAUAUAAGCCCCACAAUCAUCAACCGGAGUUUGAUGUUGAAAUUGGUGAAUUUUUGGAUAAGUUAAGAAAAAAAGCAGCAGCCGAAGUAACACCCGCCCGAAUGAUUUACGAAGAAGUUGCUAGAAAAUAUCCAAAUGCUACUCUUCAAACUUCAACUGAGGAAUGUUUGAGGUUGAUAUCUCGUUCUAGACAGCGUUUAAGUCCACCCUCACCAGCUACAUUAUUUGAAAUGGCUGAAACAAUUUUGUCUCCCACAUGGGAAAUGCGACUAAAAUAUGUUUUAAAUGAUAUGAAUCUAGUCCAAUUCUACCAAGGACCAUUAGAAUUCAUUGAAAAUGGCAAAACUUUAUUCGGAGGAUUAAUUUUUACCAAUUUGGUAUAUUUACAAAGUAAUGCCCAAUAUUUCCAAAGUUUCAAAGUAAUGUUAAUUGACGGCACAUUUGGUGUUAAGCUAAUAGAACCAGCGGAAAUAGAUCAAUUGGUUACCGUACAUAUAUUACUAGAUAACAUUUCUGUUCCUAUUGUGUACGCACUUCUAAACCAAAGAACUGAACGAGUGUACAUAAGACUUAUGCAAUAUUUAAGAUAUGAAUUGAAAAUUAACAUUGUCAGUUGGACUAACAUUGAAAUAGUAACAGAUUUUGAAAUAGCUCUGAGAAAUUCUAUAAGACGAGUUGUUCCCGAGGCCCGAUUAAUUGGAUGUUUAUUCUACUUUUCUCAAGCUAUAGUAAAAUUUAUACAAACUCAUAACUUCUUCCAAUUAGUGAUAGAAAAUUCAAAUAUAGCUAGUAUAAUAAAAUUGAUUAUGGCUCUACCACAUCUGCCUCCUAAAAGGUUAGAUGAAAUGCCUGAAGAUUUCAAUAUCAUUGGAGGAUUUCAGGCAAUUCAAAAGUUGGCAAAAGAUAUGGAAGUUUAUAAUCUGAUAGUUGAAUUUUUUGAAUAUUUUGAAAGAUUUUGGAUAAAUGUAAUUGAAGUUAAUGGUUUUUCAGUUUAUGAGAUAAGUGGCAGAACAAAUAAUUAUAUAGAAAGUUUUCAUUCUAUAUUAAAAUCUAAAAUUGGCUUGGGUCUACCAUGUUGGACAUUUUAUGAAAAAUUGCGAGGUGUUGAAAAUCGGGUGCGCAAAGAAACUCAGCAAAUGAUAAAUGGAAAAAUUGUACGCAGAUCAAUUAUUAAAAAUAAAAAGGACUCACGAAUUGUUGAAAAUGCUAUCUUAAAUGUUAGGAAUAAAAAAUAUGAUUUAAUGGAAUUUUUAAGAAAAAUAUCUUUCUACUCCUAUGGUUAUUGGAAUAAACAAAUACCUUCAGAUAAUUUGGUUUCUAAACUAACACCAACAGUGAUAGACAUAAGACCUCAUGACCCAUCCAAGUUUCUUUCAGAACAAAAUCUGCAAGUAGGAAGAGGAAAGGGAAAAGAUGUCAAAGGCAGGUUUGAUUUAAUAAAUAGGGAUGAAGAUGCAUUAGUCAGAUUAGAGGAAGUUAUAGUACCACAUGAAAAUAAUGAAGAAAUUAUAAUCUUGGGAAUUGAAAAUGUUAUGUAAGAUAAAGUAUGUGAAAAAGUAUCUGUACACAAUUAUCAAAGUUUUGUAGAAUAGCCGUACAAUUCCACGAUUAAAUAACACAAACGACAACAGUUUUUAAAGUUUUGUUUUUUUAUUAAAAACUUAAUACUUACCUUUCAAAUGUUCGUUGCUUUUAUUUAACAUCUUUGUAUUAUAGUAAAAUAAUAAAACAUUGAAAUAGAACCUUUUGGUCAUCAAUUUGCGAGUUAAUAUACAAAAAAUAAAAAUACUUAUUUGCUAAAAAAGUAUAAUCUAACGUCAUUAAAAAAGGAAUUAUUGAAUACAUAAAUAGUAAUUAGAGGUGAAAAGUGUUACUGAAGAAUGAUAAAUAGUAUUAAAGAACAUAAUUGCAAAGUAACAUAUUAAAAUCAUUUUUAUUUCACUUUUUCUGAAUACUAAAUUA